AUGGCGCCGGCGGACCUGGCGGGCGUGUGGUCCUCGCCGCUGCCCGUGGCGCUCGCGGGCGGAGAUGGCGGGGCGUACCGGAGCGACUGCGGCUACAUGCUCGCCUUCGACAGGGCCACCCGCGCCGUCACGCUGUCCUUCGGCGGCAGCACCGUCGACGGGAAGGUGAACGCCGGGCUGACGCGGAUCCAGUGGAGCAGCGGCGCUGCGUGGACGCGGGAGGUCGUCGAGGAGAGGCGGCGCAGUGUCGUGGCCGAGGCCCAGCCGCACAUGCUGAGCGGCCGCGCGGUGGACUGCAUCGUCGACCGCAUCAACGAGGCCGUCGACAUCCCGCUGAUGUCGGAGCAAGCCGAGCGGAAGUUCAUAUUCGAGCCUCUGAUGAAGAAUGUCAACGCCAAUCUGCGGGGCGCAUUGUUGACCUUCAUGGCCGAGCCCUGGGUCGACGCGCUGCGCACUCUCCUCGACGAUGCCAUGGAGCACCGAGAGAAGACCGCGAAGAUCCAGCAGAUCCUCGCGCACCACGUGAGGGCUCCCCUCGUGGAGGCGCUCAAUAAGAGGAUCGACAUUCCGCUGCUCACAGAAAGCAUGGAGGCGAAGCUGUUCAAGCCGAUCGUCCAGAAACUUCUCGACGAGGUCGUGGAGCUGUCCGUGCUCGGGAUGGAGAGGCACGGGCUCGUGUGA